UCGAUGAGAGCACGGAAGCCAGGAAUCGAGGCCUGUGGUCAGCGUGCGUCCGCUUCCGCCAGCGCUGCUUCGGGGAGAGCCAAGAGGCAGCGGGCAGUACGGACGUAACAUGCAGUACAGUCACAGGCAGAACCAGCUGCGUUCCGUGAGAAGGUCUGGGUACAACCUCAAGCUAUUCUCAUCUGAAAUGAUGGCUGGCGGGCAAGACCCUAAGUGGCAGAAAGAUGCCGCCGACCAGAACUUCGACUACAUGUUCAAGCUGCUCAUCAUCGGCAACAGUAGCGUGGGCAAGACGUCCUUCCUGUUUCGGUAUGCCGAUGACUCGUUCACAUCGGCCUUCGUCUCGACGGUCGGCAUCGACUUCAAAGUGAAGACGGUGUUCCGCCACGACAAGCGUGUCAAGCUGCAGAUAUGGGACACGGCAGGACAAGAGAGAUAUAGGACGAUCACUACAGCAUACUAUCGAGGUGCCAUGGGCUUCAUACUGAUGUAUGACAUCACCAAUGAAGAAUCUUUCAACAGUGUUCAGGACUGGGUGACUCAAAUAAAAACAUAUUCUUGGGACAACGCACAGGUAAUCCUAGUUGGAAAUAAGUGUGACAUGGAAGAUGAAAGAGUAAUCAGUUUUGAAAGAGGAAAGCAACUUGCAGAACAACUGGGAAUUGAAUUUUUUGAAACAUCAGCUAAGGAGAACAUUAAUGUGAAAGCUGUUUUCGAACGGUUAGUAGACAUAAUCUGUGACAAGAUGUCAGAGAGCCUGGACUCGGAUCCAAAUCUCAUGAAUGCUGGCUCUAAAGGAACACGUCUGACAGAACAACCUGCUGGCCCACAAAAUGGAAGCUGCAAUUGCUAACUGCUUCUGGAACUGUAAAUUAAUCAAAAUAAGCAGCCACAAUGUAAUGGGAAAUAAAUUUAAUAUGGAAUUAAAUAUACCUGAAUAAGGAUGUUAACAUUUAAAACAGAAUUGUACAGUAAAUAUGUUAUGUGAUUAAAAAUAUUUCUUAAUAGUGAUAAGUGCCAGUGUGUAUUUAUCCAGGUGUCUAAAUAAUGAGAACUAACCAAACUUAGGAAUUACACGAAUACAAUAACAGAAAGGUAAUUAAGGUGACUGCAUUCUAUGAUACUUAAAUAAACAAUAGUGUAAGAAAAUGUUUGUGUGUAAGAAUAUAUACAUUCUGAAUCAUUGAAAUCGAAAUAUGUGUUUUCUGUUUUUAUUGCUUUGUAAUUGUAGUUACUGUCCAUUAUCUCUGGCUUCUAGGUUUCUUGUUGUUCUGUAUUUUCUAAUGUCAAACAUGUUACCUCAGCCAGUUGUAAGUAUGAUAGCUAACUCUGUUUAAAAUGAGGAAUAAACUAUGAAUAAUAUUCAUGGAGAGAUGUCAAUUUCUUGGGAAACAUUUUGUGGGUAUAAAAUAUAAUUUUUAUAAUUAAUGAGCAUUGUUCAAGAAUGUUUAUGACGGAAAUAAGAUAAAAGCUUCAUAGAUCAAAUACACACUUCUUGAAGAACUGAAAUUCUUUUCACUGAAAGUCCUUCUGUAUUUCUACCUGUCUGUAUCUAGUGAUCAAUGCAAAUGUGUAGAGAAACAAAUUAAAUGUUCGUAUUAUGGCCUUAAGUAGAACUGUCAAACAGUUAGUAGCUUCACCUCCCAGUAUAAUAACAAUGUAUUCAAGGUAUUAUUACUGGAUAUUUCAGCAAAGAGCUUUAUUUGUUUCCAUGCAAUUGUUUGAAGUAGUAUGUGGCAUGUAAAGCAUUUUGUGUGCUCACUGUGUGUGUAUUUUCCUGAUCUAUGUGGCUUGGACUGUUGUGUUAUAUUAAGUAUUCAGUUGUCACAAAUGUGGUAUAUUUAGAGCUUCAAUAUGUUUAGCAUUUUUGAUAAUAUUUUCCACUUACAUAAAUAUUUGAAAAACAUUCAAAGUACCAUUACUUUUUAUAUCACAACAUUUGUGUUCAUCAGAUUUUUUAAGUAACAAUGUUCUUUGGCUGUAUACGUUUGAUUCAGAACCUUUCAUUUUCUAUUUUAUCUCUGGUUUGUUGACGCAAGUCUGUAAAAGAUAUUAUUUUUUAUAAUUGGUUCUCAAGACCAUCAAUUGAGUACUAUUAUUAAUGCAUAUAGCUAUUAACACCUGAUGUCAUUGUGUGGCACAUCAUUGACUAUAAAACUGAUUGUAUGUUUAAUACAUGAGGGGUAGCAAAUCUAUAUUUUUAGACUUUAUUCAUGUAUGUCCUGAAAUGUAGGCCUACAGACAAAAGACUUUCUUUGUGUUCAGUGUCAAGGAAAAAAGUGUUAUUAGUUCUUUUGGACUAUAACAUGGGUAACAAGCCACUUCAAAGAACUACAGCCAUUAAAAAACCAAGUACACAAUUUUUAUGUUAUUUUCAUUGCUGAAUUGUGUAAUAAAA